CUCAGAGAAAUGAAGCGUUCUGUUUGUUUGGAAUCUUAAUUACGAUGGCCUCAAACUUACCUAAUUAGAAGCUCCUUCAUAAUGAGGAAAAUUAUUUUCAAAGUUAAUGAAUUUGCGAGCAGAAACACUCCUGUCUUCCUAGAAUACGUUACUCACAUUCCUUACAUACAUAUUUUAGUUAGCCGCUCUAAUUAAUAUUAGUACUUAAACCACACGGGAUUGAUUUCACUGUUAAAGCAAACUUUCCUUUGUUUUUAGACAGUAUAAAAAGACCAUAAUUUCCCUUCUUGUAGACAUCAGGCUGCACACAUAAGCUUAAUUCUAGAUUUUGGACAAAAUGGAUUUUAUUUCAGCAAAACGACUCAUUUUAUUGACUUUAGCCACUUCAAGCUUGUUAACAUCAAACAUCUUUUGUGGAGACGAAUUGAUGAUGUCCAAUCUUUACAGCAAAGACAAUUAUGACAAGUAUUCUAAGCCUAGAGGGGACCCUAAAGGAGAAAAGGAAAGAAGUCUCAAUUUUGAAGAAUGGAAAGAUUGGGGUCCAAAAAACGUCACUAAGAUUACACCUGCAGUCAACAAAAUGCCACACUCGGCAGCCAACUUGCCAUUGAGAUUUGGGAGGACCAUGGAAGAAGAAAGAGGCCCUGGGGCAAUGGCCAACCUGCCUCUGAGAUUUGGAAGAAACACAGAGGAAAGCAUCUCGAGACGCAUUCCUAACCUGCCCCAAAGGUUCGGGAGAACAACAGCCAAAAGUGUCGCCAAGACACUGAGUGAUUUGCUCCAACAAUCCAUGCAUUCACCACCUGCCAAUGAGUUACUUUACUCCAUGACCUGCCAGCCCCAAGAAAUCCAGAAUUCCCAUCAAAAACACCCAAGGAGACUGGGAUUCCAGAAAAGAGAUGAUACAGAAUUGAAACAAGAAAAAUAAGAAAUCUGGAGCCUGUCCCUAAAGACGAUAUGAAGCUGUGGCCUGUAAUCUACAAAUAACUCUCUAGUGAAGACAAUGAGUGAAGAGUCCCUGCACUCUUUUAAUGGGUUAUCAUUGAGAGCAAUUUUUCCUUGUCCGUGCGGCUAGUACCUUGAAAGUUAUACAAAACGACUUAAAGAAUAUUGUAAUGUAAAGAUGAAAUAACUUUUGUCUAAAUAAAAAGAGCAUUGCAAGUACUUAAGAAGCCUCUGGUAAUGGGGAGAGGAAGAGGGAGAGAGAGACGGAGGGAGAGAGAGAAGCCACGUCACCGUCUUAUGUAAAAGUCAUGAACCCAGUUACACUUAAGUAAAAAAUUAAGAAGAGUAAACUGAUAAAUUUUAUGACGAAAAUUAAAUAAUUUAACAGAAUAACAUCAUUGAGAAAUAAAUGAACAUAACAAAUCACUUACAAACAUGUUUUAUAUACCCGUUUUUCCAUUGCAUCAACUGUUAGUGAAUCUAUGAUAGAUUGAAAUUUUUUUAAAAAUGAAUCAAAGACAAAGGUAAUUAUUAGAUACUUCUCCUC